CACAUUCACACACACUCACUCACACACACUCACACAUUCACACUCACACACACAUUACUUUGAUUAAACUAUGAAGAACUGUUGAAUUAAGUGGCUUCUUGCUGUACACAUGAAUAUUAAACUGUUGACACAUGCAGAAGUAUUUAUUAUUAUUGAUUAAUUAAUGUUCUUCUGUCACUCUGCUAUGUCUUCAUCAUAGAAGACUGUAAAUCACAACGGCUGUCACUGGCUUUUAUUUUGACAUUCGUUUUAAGCACUUCCGUUUUGUCGUUUUUCAAACAGAAAACAAAAAAAACAGAAAACAAACGAACAACACGCACACGGACCCGACACGCACACGCACACGGACACGUACACGUACCCGACGUGUACACGGACCGGACACGAACCGGACACGCCCCGGACACGCCCCGCUGUGACGCGAGGUAGCGGACAUGUAGCCUCCCUCUGUUAGCACGCGGACGGUUUGCUGGUGUCUCUGAACCUCCACGUGCUUGUAGUUUAAAUCGAUCACGUAAAACUACAACAGGGGACGCGGCGCUGCGCGCGAGAGGAAGCGCGUGCACACCGAUCAGCUUCUGACUGGUUCACUAACUUUACUGAUUGUGGUGAUGGAUGGCCGUCCCUCGUCUGCCGUUGUGGGGGUCAGUCUGUGUGACUCUGCCCCCCUGCUGUGGAGGGUGGAGGACCUGCGGACCGUAAGGUCUCAAGGUUUGGUGGGAGCCCUGCUGGGUUCACUGCCCCGGACCCCCCGGCAGAACGUCCGACUUGGUCGACCGAUGCUGCUGCUGCCGGAAGAGGAGAGGCUGCUGACUGAACGCCAUGCUGCUGCUGCUGCACCUGGUGACCAGGAUGGAGGAGGUGUGGAGCUCCGUCUGCAGGUGCAGCAGCACCGGGAGGACCAGCAGAGGAGCUAUGAGGAGCAGAGUGUCCUCGCUCUGGAGGACAGGAAGUCAGCGCUGCUGCGGGCCAUGACGUCAUCGCACACAGAGUCUGGAGCCCGGGCCGAAGACGAGGCCCUGCAGGGCCGGCUGGAGGCCCUGGACCGGAGCUUUACCUUACCCAGUUCAGCGCUGGCCGUCCAGCUGAGCACGGCAAGGGCGGGGCUGUCCUACUGUCCUGAGGCCCGGGACUUCCUGCGGGCUGACCGGCCAAUCAGAGGGCAAGACGAGCUGAGCUGCCACGCCUCCAGGUACCAGGUGUUCAGAGACCUGAGGGGGCGGGGUUUCUACCUGACCUCUGCGGGUAAAUUUGGAGGAGACUUCCUGGUUUAUCCAGGUGACCCUCUUCGUUUCCACGCUCACUUCAUCAGUGUCUGUCUGUCUCUGGACGAGUCCGUCUGUCUGCUGGACGUCCUCGCCGUGUCCCGUCUGGGGUCCAACGUGAAGAAGACCGUCCUGCUCUGCUCACCAGGGACGGACGGACGAGUCCUGUACACCUCGUUACAGUGGAGCGGGAUGGUUUAGAGAACUGAUCGAUACUGAGACCUGGACCUCUGUUAGAGAGGGGCAGAACCCUUGCUGGGCCUCGGGCCCCGGAUUUGUUGCCACAGACUGAGACACGGCUGGUUGUUGUUCUUCACCAGCAGGUGAGUCGUUAUGGAUCAAAAGCAGGAACCUUAAGGGGACCGCCUUAAAUAAAGACCUGGGCCUGCUUACAA